AUGAACCUUCUUGUAAUAUGUAUUUAUUACCUAUUUUUUUUAAAUAUAGAAAAAAAUAUUUCCUGUUCAUGUUCUACUACAAAGAAUAAGAGUGGCGUUGGAAAUUUAUGGAAUAGAAUUCGUGGAUUAUUUAAGGAUAAGGAAAUAGAGAAAGAGAAGAAUAUAAUAACUUAUAAUUUUAUAAAGCAUUAUAACGAUGAGAAAUAUUUUGUUGAAGAAAAUAAGAAGAAUAGGUAUUUUGGAGGAUAUGAAAUAAAUCAUAUAAAUCGUUUAAUAUAUAUGAAUAGUUUUAAAACAUAUAUAUUGAGUGCAUAUAUACCAUAUAUAUAUAUGAGUGUACGAGAUAUAUAUAUAGUAUUAAAAAAGAUUAAAGAAUUAAAUUUUAAUACAGUAUAUACAUUUUUAUUUUGGCCAGAAAAUGAAUAUUUAGAAGAUAAAUAUGAUAUGAAUAAUUCAAAACUAUUUUAUUUAUUAAAUUUUUGUGCAUCUAAUGGAUUAUUUGUUAUAUUAGACAUAGGUCCAUAUAUUAAUAAUAUAUAUAAUUCUAAUAUUCCAACAUAUAUAUUAUUUAAUAAAAAAUUAAAUGAUUAUAUAAGAAAUAAAUAUAUAGAAAAGAAAGGAGAUUUAUAUAAAUAUUUUAUAUCCCCAUGGGAAAAUAUAUGGAAAAGAAAAAGAAAUUCUAUUAUUACUGAGACAAGAAAUUUGAAUAGACAAAUAAUAGAAAAAAAUAUAAAUAAUACAAAAACAUUUUAUAAAAAAAAUAAUUAUACAUAUAAUAAUAUAUAUAGUUUAUAUUAUUUUAAUAGAGUUAUUAAAUGGUAUAAUUAUAUAUUACCACAAUUAAAAAAAUAUAUGAAUAAUAAUAAUGGUCCGAUUAUAUAUUUAAAUAUAGAUAAAACAUUUGAUAAUAAUUAUAUGUAUGUAAUCAUAGAUUUAAAAAGAAGAAAAAUUUUUAAUAAUAUAUGUAAUGCACAAAAUUAUAUGGAAGCAUCAAAUAUAUCUGAUCAUAAUAAUAAAACAGAUGAUGAUUCUAAUUUUACAUCUAUAAACAAAUCAUCAAACUCAGAUUUUUUUUUAAAUUGUAUAAUAUCUUUUUUUAGAAGAAUUCGAAGAAGUUAUAUUAUGACUUUAGGAUAUUUAUUAUAUAUAAAAUUUAAUAAAUAUCUAAGAGUAAUAUAUGAAUAUGAUUUAGGCUUAUUAUUUAUAAAUGAAAUAAAUAAAUUAGUUCAAAAACAUUUAAAUAAGGUUAAUAUAUUAACAACUAAUUAUCCUUAUAUAAAUGAUGAUUUUAUUAAUUCCUAUGCAGGAAAUAAUUGUUAUAAUCAUUUUUUAAAAAAUAAUUGGCUUGAUAAUGAAUGUAUAAAUUUAAAUAAACCAUGUAUAUGGUCUCAAGUAUGGACAGGCGCUAAAUAUAGUAUUCACAAUGUAAACUCAUCAAGUAUAUUAAAAAGGAAAUAUGAUGAUCAUAUAUCAUAUACCUCACCCUAUGUUAAGGCAGAAAAAAAGGAAGACCAAAUUUCAUCUCCUCCCCCUCCUUCUGAUGAUGAUAAAAAAAUAAAACAACCUAAAGAAAAAAAGGAUAAUACAAAAAAUGGAAACGAUAAACACGAAAAUGUUGAUAAUACACAUAAUAUAGAUAAUAAUGGGGGAGAUGUACAAAAUUAUGAAGGGUCAUCAGAUGAUAAAAGAGAUUUUAUCAAUACCAAUUUUUAUAAUGAUUCAAAAAAUUCUUAUAAAGAUAAAACGAUAAAUAUAGAUGAUACAAAUUCGAAUGAAAAAAAAAACAAAAAAACAAAUAAAAAACAAAUAAAUAAAAAUAAUAAUUAUUAUAAUAAUAAUUAUAUAGGUCAUAUAAGAAAUUUUAAAGAUCUAACAUUCAACAUUAUAAUAUUUAUAGCGAAAGGAGGUGUGUUUUUAAAUAUCUUUCCAUAUUAUAGUGGAAAUAAUAUUAAUAAUAUGCACUCGUAUUUAGAACAUUAUAGUAAAGAAACAGGACAACCAUUAGAUUUAUAUUUUAAUCAGAAAGAACCUUUAUAUUCUCAUAUAAAACGUAUUUUUAAAAUAUUAUACAAGUAUGGAAAUUAUUUACUAAAAGAUGAAUAUUAUAUUAGUCCAAUAAAAAUAUCACAUAAUAUAGAAUUAUAUGAUUAUGAUAUAAUAAAAAUUGUAUGUAAUUAUAAUAUUAAAGGAAGUACAUUUGUAAAAAUUGGACAUGUAAAUUAUAAUAUUAAUAGUUUCAGUUGUAUUAUAUAUCAUGAAUAUAAAAAAAAAAUUAUUUAUGAUACAUCAUAUAAUUAUUCAUAUGAAUAUUCUUAUAUAAAUAAAAAAGAAACAUAUUUGCCAAUAGAUAAAUAUUUAUAUUCAUUAGAAGCUAUAAAUACAGGACCAUUGAUGUGUAUAAAAGAAAAACAACAAAAAAUUAUUAAACCAUCAAAUAAAAAUAAAAAUAAAUUAUCUAAAAAUAUAAGUAUAUAUAAAAAAAUAUUUACAUAUCUGUUUCCUAAUAAUUACUUUCAUAGUGUAUAUGAAAUAAAUGUAUUAAAUCAUUUUUAUUUAACUAUGGACUUUACAAAAUUCCAGUGGUAUAUUUUAUCAUUCAAACAUACUAUAAAUUAUAUUAAAUUAUUUCUUAGCAAUUAUAGUUUAUAUAUUUAUAUAUAUGCAGAUAAUAAAUUUAUAUAUAGUGGAUUUAAUGAAUAUAAGUUUAUAGAAAUUAUCAACUGUAAACGUAUAUAUAUUAUCUGUGCAAAUCUUGGUUUAGGAUUUCCUAAAGAACAACUAAGAACUGAAUUUUUUAAUUAUAUUAAUUUGAAUCAUUUAAAAUAUAAUUAUCAGGAAAAUAAUUUUAAUCAUUCAUCUGAUACUUCAAUAAAUUCUGAACACAAUUUGAUUGACCACAAUGGACCAUAUGUGAACAUGAAUAAAUCCAGAUCAUCAAAAAGUAAGAGAGGUGCAAACGAAUCUGGAAACACUAAUUCGAAGAAUAAAAUAAAUGAUGAUAACAAAAAGGAAAAUGUAAAUUCAAAUAGGGAUGAAGGUCAUUCCAAGGAACAGAAGGAUCCAACGUUUAUGAAUAGAAUGGAUAAAAAUCAGACAAACGACAAAAAAAAUAAUUAUAAUAACAAUGAUAGUAUUGAUAAUAAUAAUAAUAAUAAUGGUGGUAGUAGUGGAUAUACCAUUUUUGAGGACUUAUACGAUUAUUAUAAAAACAAGAGAUAUAAUAAUCAUAAUGUAUAUAAUAAUUUUAUGUAUGAUGAAAAGAAUUAUAACAUGCAUAAUUAUUAUGAUGAAGAUAGUACAAACACUUAUAUAUUUAUAGUAACAAGAAAUGAGUACGAAUUAUUUAACUGUGUUGGAUUGAAUGGAGAAAUAAUAAAAAAUGAAAAACAUUUGAAUGAAUAUAAAAAAAUGUAUAACUUUUUGGAUUAUUCAUUUGUAAAAACGUAUUUAAUGAAUACACAAUAUAAUAAUACAACUGAUGUAAAUGGAAAAAAUAAAAAUAAAAAUAAAAAUAAAAAGGACAACAAUAGUAAUGACAAUAAUAAUAAUAAUGAUGAUGAUGAUGAUAAUAAUAAAGGGACAAGUAAAGAUGCUAAUAAUAGUAAUAAAAAUUAUAUACAAUCCAAUGAUGAUAUCCAAAUAAACAAUCAAUUCAAUCAAUUAAAUAUAGACUACCAUAAUAAUAAUUUUAAAGCAUUACUGACAAAUAAAAAAAUAGAUAUGAAAAGUAUUACAAAAGCAUUUUUAAAUUUAUGUACAUCUGGAUUUUUUUCGUUCAUAUUUAAUAAAAUAAAAUAUUAUUGUAAAACUGGAAUUUUUAAAUAUUUAAGUUCAUUCAAUAAAGUCAAUAAAAAUAAUACAAAUACGCCUUUAACUUGGUAUACAUUAUUAUACUUUAUAAAAAAUAUAGAUUUUAUACGUUCUAAGUAUUCUUUAAAAUUGUCUGCAUAUGAUGAAAAAACAAAAAACAUUGAUGGCUUAUUUAGAGGAUUUGUCUAUAUUAAUAAUCAUUUUUUAGGAAGUUUUUGGAUAACAGAUGAUGAAGAUAGUUAUGAAAAAGAAAUUAAUGAAGAUGAAAAAUUAAAAAAUGCAAAAAAAAUGAAAAAAGAAAAAAGUAAAUUUUUAAAUAAUGAAAAUCUAAUACAUAUACCAUUAACAAGAUAUAUGAGAAUACCAACAGAUUGGUUAGUUGAAGGUACAAAUAUUGUUAUUAUAUUUGAUGAAUUUGGAGGGAAUCCAUAUAAAGUUGAAAUUGUAAGAGAAAUAUUACAUGGAGGUGUAUAUAGACUAACAAAAAAAGAAAAAUAUGUCAACUGGAUACUCUUCCUUUUUAUUUUAAGUAUUAUUGUUUUUAUUACAUAUUUCUUUUUUAAAGCCUUACAUAAUUAUGUUAAAACAAAAGAAGAAAAGGAAAGAAACAAACAAAACUAUCAAAAUAUUAUCGAAAAUAUUAUAACACAUAAUAUAUAUAUAAAUAGUUCCUACGAUGAUAUCACUGAAGAAACAAAUACAGAAAAUAUUCAAAAUGUUAGUGACUUCUUGGAUUCGUAA